AAGAAAGAGACAUGGGCAAAUGGCUGCCAAGGUUGGGUGAGGACUCAAAAGAAAAGCCUGUGUGACUCAGUAGUGAUCCGAGUCAGCAGAGCUGACGCGGAUGUGGAUCACUUGUAAAGACUUUAAGGAAUACUCAGUAAAGCAUGGUGGCGCAUGAUGAGAUUGGAGGUCUCCUACCUAUUAAAAGAACUAUUCGAGUCCUAGAUGUUAAUAAUCAGUCCUUCAGAGAACAAGAGGAGCCAAGCAAUAAAAGAGUCCGACCUCUAGCUCGGGUCACAUCCUUGGCAAAUUUAAUCUAUCCUGUAAGAAAUGGAGCAGUCAGGCGCUUUGGUCAAACAAUACAGUCAUUUGCUCUUAGUGGUGACAACAGAUCCCCGGCUUCUGCUCAUAAGUCAUACACCAGAUCAACAGUCCCAACACCUGCCAAAAGAAGAAAUAGUGUUCUGUGGUCAGAAAUGUUAGACGUCAGUAUGAAGGAGUCUUUAACUACCAAAGAAAUCAAACGUCAGGAGGCAAUAUAUGAAAUGUCCCGAGGUGAACAGGAUUUAAUUGAGGAUCUCCAGCUUGCAAAAAAGGCCUACCAUGACCCCAUGUUAAAGUUAUCUAUUAUGUCAGAAGAGGAACUCACGCAUAUAUUUGGUGAUUUGGAUGCUUAUAUACCUCUGCAUGAAGACUUACUGGCAAGAAUAGGAGAGGCAACCAAGCCUGAUGGAACAGUGGAACAGAUUGGUCACAUUCUUGUGAACUGGUUGCCAGGCCUGAAUGCUUACAAAGUCUACUGUAGUAACCAGCUUGCAGCCAAAGCUCUUCUUGAUCAAAAGAAACAAGAUCCAAGAGUCCAAGACUUCCUCCAGCGGUGUCUUGAAUCUCCUUUCAGUCGAAAACUAGAUCUUUGGAGCUUCUUAGAUAUUCCUCGAAGCCGCCUAAUCAAAUACCCUUUACUGAUAAAAGAAGUUCUUAGACACACUCCAAAAGACCACCCUGACGUUCAGCUUCUAGAGGAAGCGGUAUUGAUAAUACAAGGAGUUCUCUCUGAUAUCAACUUGAAGAAAGGUGAGUCAGAAUGCCAGUAUUACAUUGACAAACCGGAGUAUCUGGAUGAAAAGCAGAGGGAUCCUAGAAUUGAAGCCAGUAAAGUGUUGCUUUGCCAUGGGGAACUAAAGAAUAAAAAUGGACAUAAACUUUAUAUUUUCCUGUUUCAAGACAUCUUGGUUUUGACUCGACCUGUUACACGAAAUGAGCGUCACUCUUACCAGGUUUACCGGCAACCAAUCCCGGUCCAGGAGCUGGUUCUAGAAGACCUGAAGGAUGGAGAUGUGAGAAUGGGAGGAUCCUUUCGAGGAGCUUUUAGCAAUUCAGAUAAAGCUAAAAAUAUCUUUAGAGUUCGCUUCCAAAACCCCUCUCCAGGCCAGUCUCACACGCUACAAGCCAAUGAUGUGUUCCAUAAGCAGCAGUGGUUCAAUUGUAUUCGAACCGCUAUCUCCCCUUUCCAGCAGGCCACCAGUCCAACAGAGCUUAAGGAUUUGCCAGAGCUCAGUGAAGAGUGUGAAGAGUACAACCUGUCUGCGUCAAAUGUCAAAGCCCAGAGAAGGGUUUCAACAGUUUCUAGUGUUGUUCAAGUAGAAGUAGAUGAAAAUGCUUCAGAAUAUGGUUCUAGUGUGCAAACAGCAGAAGACACCAAGAGUGUAAAAGUACACCGAACACAGUCUGAGUUCCGAAAAGCAAGGGACAAAGCCCAGUUAAGUGGCAAACGGAAAGAGACUUUGGUAUAAAGAAAACUGUGUAUUAACUGAUGGAGAGACUGUUUAUUUAUAAAUGUGUACAGUUGUUUUUUUUUCCUUGUAAUGCAAGCAUGGGAACGUUGUAGGGUUUAUACCAGUUUUAAUAUUUUCUAUGUUUUUGAUUGUUUUUUGUUUGUUUUUUAAUGGCAGCUAAAGGUAUACAAAUUACUGUUAAACUACA